CAAGCUGGCAAGUGUCUACCGUCUAGGCAUAAGUUAAAAUCGUCUUAUCAAAUAUCUGUCUCUCCCACAUCCACGGGAGCUUUUUAGCUGUUUAAAUCGUAAAUAAAUUAAUUCGUAAUGGAGGUUCUAUCGAGCGCCCUUAAAGCACAAUUCCUUUUCCCUGCAACUGCUGUGGCUGCAGUUCUGGUUUGUGCGAUUUUGGUAUUUAUUUUCGGAUUCAAGUCGGCCGAACAACCUAAGUUCGAAAAAUUAUCGGCCGGAGAUGAUAAGAAACGCGAUGCCAAGAAAAGGAAAACUAAGGAGAAGAAAACUGUGUCAAAUGGCCAUGCCACCAGCGCUUCAGAAUCUAAGUCCGAAGUAAAAGCCUCCCCAACUAAAAAGUCUCCUGUGAAGGAGAAGCAGACACCCACAAAAGAGCAGAAUGCUGCCAAGAAAGACAAAGAAAAUAAAAAGGCAGAAGCACCCGCUCAAAAGAAAAAUGAUAAAAAAUCUGCAGCCACCACUAAAAAUAAUCAACAGGAUGAUGUGAAAGUUAAAAAGAGCUCCAAAAAUAAGCAACCCGAAGAAAAACCUCUAGACUUUGAUGAUGGCAACUGGGAGACAGUUUUGACCAAGAAUGAUAAAAAGAAUCGCAAAAACUUAGAAGAAGCUAAAAAGGAAAGCCCCAAGAAGAAUGCUAAGAAGGAUAAGAAAGCUGAGGUUUUGGAUAACAAAAAACUUGAAGAAGUCACAAAAGAAAUUAAAGACAAAGUCAAUGAAAGCAAAAGGCUGCUGCAGAAGUCGAAAAGAUCAAGGAAGUUGUGCUUACACCGGGUAGUUGAAGCUGUUAAAGAGGAAGCUCCUGUUGAGGAUAAGAAAAAGGCUAAGAAAGCUAAGAAGGUCGAAAGUCAACCUAAGGUUGAAGCUGAGAAAAAGGAAACCAAAAAGGAAGUGAAGAAGGAAGUUAAAAAGGAGGUCAAAGCAGUCGAAGAGGAAGCUGUUAAAGUUGCAGUUGAGCCUGAAGUUGCUAAAACUGCUGUGCCUGCACCGGUAUCAGACCAGCCUGUUGCUUUUGAUGAAUUGGGAGAUGUGUGGACCGAGGCCAAAGCUGCAAAGAAAACCAAGAAAAAGCUCGCAAGGAAUGAAUAA